CAGCUACAAGUACACCUUCCAGUCUUCGUCAUACUCCUGCCACCAUGUUAAUCUUCUCCUUCUUCAAGACCCUUACCGACCAAGUGAUCACCAUUGAGCUGAAGAAUGACUUGUCAAUAACCGGGACCUUGAAGUCCGUCGACCAAUAUCUCAACAUCCGAUUAGAUAACAUCAGCGUGGAAGACCCUGAAAAACACCCUCACAUGCUGGCUGUCAAGAACUGCUUCAUUCGAGGUUCCGUCGUGCGAUACGUGAAGAUGGCCGCGAGAUCAGUUGACACGACGCUCCUGGAGGAUGCUACCAGGCGAGGUGAGUCAAAUCCAUAAUGCUAUCGUCACGAUCCCGACACUGACCAGCGGCUGACCAUCUGCAGAGGCGAAGGAGAGCAGGAAGUGAUAAUGAGAAUGAUCACAGGAGAGGGUUUAGGCGGGCGCGAAGUUGGAGAGGAUAGGGAUAUUUCCCAAUUGUAUACCUAUAUGCAUGAUACAUUAUACCGGCA